UUGUUAAAUCAGAUGUAUGAGUAAGCGACGGGUAUGUGAGUACGUACGUGUACGCAUGCGUACAUACAUACAUAUAUAACGCGUUAGAAGAUCUACUCCCGUUUUCAAAUCGUGCCUUGGCCAAAGUCCAUUAAGGAACGUAAGUCUGGUGUCAACCACACUGCAAUGUCCGUGCUGGCUAUACUUUGAACUUCCUGUCAUCGGUAUCUAUGCAACGUGAAUAUGUAUAUGUAUACGUAUAUCGCACUUGUAAAAUGUAUUAGUGGUCUAACAAUAAGUAGUUUCGUGAGAUAGGAUAUUAGAGCCAAAAGUAAAUACGUAAAUACGUCUUUGGCAGAACCGUCUCUGCUGGUGCGCGGCUGCAUAUUGAGGUCGUUCAUUAAUUAUUUCCAAGGAUUGUGCAGUGAAUAACGUUUUGUUUCGCCAAAUUUCCUAGAGCCACAGAGCCACAACUAAAUCACACACUGCCGUCAUCUAUCAACACCAUUUCGUUACAAUUAUUUCGGUUUAGUGAAUAAUUUUGUGCCCGCGCUUUUCGACCUAGAGGUACUUAAAGGAGCGGCGAUUUGCUGUCGCGAAUCUUGAUUCUAUAAACACACAUAUAAACAGCCAAUUGUUGAGUGUAAAGUUCAUACGGAACAGAAAACAACGAGAAACAUGAAUAGAUUUCCGGAUAUGCUGCGGCUGGUUCUUGCGUGGCUGUCACUUGUCAGUACUCUGAUGGGCGAGAUCCACAUAUUUGAAAGCUCAUCCAAUUUCGGCUUUAACAAUCUGACUGAUGAUCACAACGAUUAUCAUGGAAAAGCAAUCGGGAAAGGCGCAUCCAUGUCCACCUAUGAUCCGGAGGUCUACUUACCGACUCCCGACAUGGUCAGGCGGGCCGGUUACUACGCCGAGUCUCACGUCGUCGAGACCAAGGAUGGAUAUUUUUUGACGUUGCAUCGAAUCCCUGGAAGGAUCGGUAGUCCCGUUAUCCAUGGGAAGCCUUCGGUCAUGCUGCAGCACGGAUUCUUAUCAAGUUCUGCCGAUUGGGUAAUACCAGGGAGAGGGAAGGCAUUGGCGUACAUACUGGUAGAUAGAGGGUAUGACGUGUGGCUCGGGAACGCACGCGGAAACACUUACUCAAGAGCCCACGCAACACUAUCGAUAUCAGAUCCAAAGUUUUGGAACUUCACUUGGCACGAAAUGGGAAUUUACGACCUUCCAGCGACCAUUGAUUACAUCACCAAGUACAAGAAAGAGAAAAGCAUCCUCUACGUUGGCCACUCGAUGGGUACAACGAUGUUUUACGUUAUGGCAUCGGAACGACCAGAUGUUGCGCGAAAGGUCGGAGCGAUGUUCAGCCUUGCUCCGAUCGCCUUUUUAAAUCAUGCCAAAAGUCCAAUUCGCAUUGUCGCCCCUUAUAAUCAAGAUAUCGAGAUGAUCGCCCGUAUUUUUGGUGCCAAUGAGUUUUUACCUCAGUCAUUCAUUCUUCGAUUUCUUGCCCGAUACGGUUGCGACAUAAGCGUAUCGGAGGAAACGAUCUGUGCUAAUGCCGUGUUCAUCAUCUGCGGGUUCGACAAGGAGCAGUUCAACAAUACUCUGCUGCCGAUUGUAUUAGGUCAUUCGCCGGCCGGUACGUCAACAAAGACAUUAUUACAUUUUCUUCAGGGAAUGAAUUCAGGUGAAUUUCGACAGUACGAUUACGGGAAGGAAAAAAAUUUAGAAAUUUAUCACAGCGUCUCGCCGCCUGCGUACAACCUCAGCGGUAUCAACGUAUCCAUAUCCUUACAUUAUGCUGACAACGAUUGGCUCGCUAGCAUCACGGAUGUCAAGAGGCUGUAUCAAGCCUUACCGAAAACAAUAGGCAUAUACAGGGUGAACUUCCCAAAAUUCAAUCACUUGGACUUUCUGUGGGGAAUUGAUGCUCCAAAACUGGUCUACGACAAAUUGAUAUUCAUGAUGGAGAAAUACUACUGGAAAGUGAAUAAGAAGAGAAUUGCUGUAUAACGUUCUUCAACAUCUUCAGCAUUGUUACGCAUUUCAUUUUUAUCCAUCUGCAUCUCUACUUAUAUUAAAUUAAUCUUAUGAAUCUAGAUUUUUACGAUCAGACGUAUUUCAGAGUAUGCUGUUAGAUUGAUAGCUCACAUGUUUUACAUCUGAUACCAUUAUAUUUGGUUUGGAGUGAGAAUAACAGGCUUUUUCGUACAUUGAUACCGCCACUCCUAUAACACUCUUCUUCAUAUCAACCCCAUGUUGUAUCCUAUAAAUAUACAAUUAGUUCCUCACU